UUUCUGGUGGUGGAUUCUGGAGAAGAUGCGCAGAAAUGGCGCCUCGCAAGGGGAAAGAAAAGAAGGAAGAACAGGUCAUCAGCCUUGGCCCUCAGGUGGCUGAGGGAGAAAAUGUAUUUGGUGUGUGCCACAUUUUUGCAUCCUUCAAUGACACUUUUGUCCAUGUCACCGACCUUUCUGGCAAGGAAACUAUCUGCCGUGUAACUGGUGGGAUGAAGGUGAAUGCUGACUGAGAUGAGUCAUCUCCAUAUGCUGCCAUGUUGGCUGCCCAGGAUGUAGCCCAGAGAUGCAAGGAGCUGGGCAUCACCGCCCUCCACAUCAAACUCCGGGCCACAGGAGGAAAUAGGACCAAGACUCCUGGACCGGGGGCCCAGUCAGCCCUCAGAGCCCUCGCCCGCUCAGGAACAAAGAUUGGGCAGACUGAAGAUGUCACCCCCAUCCCCUCCGACAGCACCCGCAGAAAGGGGGGUCGCCGUGGUCACUCUCUGUGA